AAGGAGGAUGAUUUGGGAGAUCUAGGGUUCAAGGUAAGUAAGUAAUACAAUUCAAAUUAGUUUCUGUUUGCUUUACAAUAGAUUCUUUGACUUUAGGAUUAACAUCAUUAACCAUAUAUUGAUUGAGUCAGUACUCCGGGUAUACGUAUCAUCCUUGUACCAAUACCAUAUCUGAGCACCUGCUUCUUCUGAUUCCACAAUCACCAAUCCUAAACCCUGAAAUACAAAAAUGUCUGAGCAUGAUCAAAUCCAACACAGCAUCGAUAUCCCAGAUGACAAGAUUCUUGACUGGAUUAUCGGCUCAGUUACCGAUGUCGAUGCCAAUGACACUUCCCAACCGUCAUCAGCCGCAAAAAAAAUCCCCAGAGUUCCAAGCAUGCUGAGUGAGAAACACAACUACGAGGAAUGCUUUGCUCCUCAGGAUGUCUCCAUUGGUCCUUACCAUUAUGAAGAACCAAAACUCCAGGCGUUCGAGGAACUCAAGCCUGUUAUGGCAAGUAGUCUCUUUAAACACAGGCCGGGGGCCUUAAUAAGUUUGUACAAAAAGGUUGGUGAAGAGGAAAUGAUGAAAGAUUUAAGAAGCUUUUAUGAACAAGACUCGACAACCAAGUAUUCCGAUAAGGUCUUCAUUAAGAUGAUGUUGCUGGAUUCUUGUUUUAUUCUUUAUUUUAUGUUAUACGUUCAUAUGGGGGGGUCUUCUCGUGCUUAUGGAAGCUUGUUCAAGAGCUUCGACCUGGUUUUAAGUGUUUGGGGAGAUUUGUUAUUACUUGAAAACCAAAUCCCCUUCAAACUUCUACAAAUGAUGAAUAUAUGGAAUGAAACAUAUAUUUUUAAAAACAUCCAAGCGCUCAUCCAUAAUAUUUAUAUGUUGAGGUCUUCAGAUCAGAAAAGAACGUGGUUAAAAUCAAUACUUUGCAUCCGAAGUGAUCAACAACGUUUGGAAUCCGAGUUAACUGGCGACAAUGCACCGGAUCAUCUUCUCCAUCUUCUUUAUCUUACUCAUAUACCUAAAGAUGUCUCCAUGAAGUAUAAGAAUAAAGAAUACAAUUACAACAGCAAUAACUUCCCCACUGUUAACCAGCUUUUGGAUGUAGGGAUUCGUUUCAAGCAAUGUGACCCUAUUUCUUUAAAACACGUGAGGUUCUCUAAGGGCUGGUUUGAGUUUUCAGCUGCUGUACAACUCCCACCAAUAACCUUGUCGGGUGAAACCAAGCCUCUUUUGUUAAACUUGAUAGCCUAUGAAACGGGCUCAGGUAAAGAUGAAUGCUUUGCAUCGUACGUUUGUCUUCUUCGGUCUCUGAUUGGUAGCCAUGAGGACGUUAGGGUUCUUAAAAAAGCUGGGGUGCUUCAACACCGCUUCGGGACUGAUAAUGACGUCGUGGAUUUCUUCAAUGAAAUAGCCGCGGAUUUAAUUCCACAAAAUGAAGCAUAUGUUGAACUUAAGGAUGACAUACAAAGUUACUAUGAAGGUUGUAGUAACACACCCAUUUCCGACCUUAGGCGUGAAUAUCGCAAGAGCCCAUGGAAGUUUAUUUCACUUCUUGGAGCUUUGAUAGCUCUUUUUCUUACUGCUGUUCAAACUUAUUUCGCUGUCUGGAGUCGCAAAUGAUUGUCCAUCUCCAUCUGAAUGCUUUUCCGAAGAUGAACCAUCACUUAUUAUUGUUGUGUUUGAUCUGAGUGUUGCAAGUUGUUUUAUUUAUAUUUGUAAGCAUUUGUGGAUACUUGUUCUCAACUCUUAUUCGGCAAGAAUUCUCGCAAGCG